UCUUUCACUAAUCAUCCUUAGUCCUCUCAGUCACUUCCAGCCUUCAAAAUGAGUGCUGGACUAAUGGCUUUGUCAAACGAGAAAUUCAAUUUCAGUAUCAACAGGGAAUUGCUUCUCAACCCAAACGAUGUCUCAGUGGGAGAGAUGAUUGGAGAAGGAGGCUACUCCAUCGUCUACAAAGGAUUGCUCAGAAACCGAGUUCCCGUUGCUGUGAAGAUAAUGCAACCAAGUGACAAAAAGAAGUUUCAAAAUGAAGUUCUGUUACUAUCCAAGAUGAGAGAUGCCAACAUUGUGAAGUUUGUUGGAGCUUGCAUAGAGCCGCAACUGGUGAUAGUUACCGAACUCAUGGAAGGCGGCACUCUUGAGAGGUUCAUGUGGAGUUCUCAGCUGAAACCUCUUGAUCUAUACUGGAUUAUACUUGAAUAUUGCUGGGCACAUGAUUCGGAUGCACGUCCUGAGUUCAAGGAAAUUAGGCUGAUCUUGUUGACAACCCUGUUAACAGUUUUGACCUCAAAUGAGGAAGCUUAUGACGGUGAUAUCGAUGAGGAUUCGGUGAACAAACCAAAGGAGAAGAAGAAGAAGAAGAAAGUACUGGUGAAGAUGAUGCGUCCUUUCGUUAAGAUGUUUAGGGCUUGUUACAAGCCAUGAUCAUGUUAUUGUGUUUUCCAUAAAAUUAAUAGAAAGGGGGUACUCUUCUUUCGUUGUUGUUUUUAUCCUCCUUGGUUUUUUCUUGUUGUAAUAAGAUUUU